AUGUGCGACGCCAGGGUCCCCGGGCUCUCGCCCACCUUGCUGCUCGGCCUGCUGGCCGGCCUCCAACAGGCUGCAGCCAGAUGUGCCCUCUUCCCCUGCCCUGAAGGAUUCACGUGCUGUGGUGACACCUGCUGCGAGGAAUUUGAGUUUUUCUCUGGCCCCUUCAGGAUCUUCAUCAUCAUCUUCCUGACCAUCGUGCCCAUCAUGUGCAUCUGUGGCCUGGUUAAGCACUUCUGUCACAACUGCAGAGGGCAGGAACAGGACCCCCCGAUGGGUGACACGGGGCCCCCUGAACGGCCCACCGUCUUCCCCACAGAGAGGGUCGAGGUGUCCACCUUGGAGCCCCCACCUCCCUACAGUGAGAUUAUUCUGAAGCCAGUCCUGGGCCUGCCCCCCAUGGACCCACCCCCUCCCUACAACUUCAGACCUGGAGAACAUUCUGGGGUCCCCAGGGGCAUUGACAACCCAGCCUUCUGAACCUCCUCCUGCCUGGAAUCCUGCCUCAGCCACCUCCUUUCCAACACCUCCUGGAUCAAGCCAGAGAUGCCUGGGACCCCUGAAACUCACUCCCCCAUCCUGCUACAGCUCUGGCCUUUCUUGAACUUAACUUAUUGCUUUUCCUGCCCCUGUUCCACUCCAGCUGUCUCUCUUGUCCCAAGGGCUGGGCCGGAGCAACAGUGUCUAUCCACCCCAGAACCCACAACCCACAACCCAAGUUAGAGGCUGCCAAGAGGAAAAUGUCAACAGCUGGAGGUGACUGACUGUAGAAUGGACUACUCUGAGGAGUGGCAAGAGCCCCGUUUCUUGACUGGACAGCCAGCUCCAAUGUGGAGGUCAGGCUGCGUGAGCUCUGAGCCACCUCCAGUUCUACCAAAAUAGAGAAGACCCCAUUCUACCCUACCCUACCCCCCAACACAUGUACUCACUAAAUUAACUGAUUGCUGCUGCUGCGA